AUGCAAGCAAUUGAUAUAACCAGCACGAAUGCUACUACAACCUCUAAUUCCAGUAGCGAGAAGAAAUCUGUGCUGCCAACACCUCCAACGUCGCCUAUAGACGCACAGCCCACUAAAAACAGCAGAAAACGUGCCUAUUCAAUCUCGUUUCUAAACAAUGAACCUACCACGGCCACUAAAAAGCAGAAAUUUGACUUGAACUGCUUGAAGUCCUUCUUGGAUCGAAAGGGGUCGCCCAAUACAUGCGACGAGCAAUUCAAACGAUCACUGUUAAGCUGGGCUUGCAUUGGACGAUCGACAGAAGCGAUCAAGAAUUUACUAAGCCUAGUCCAUUUGGAUAUCAACAUGAAGACUGGACCCAAUAAAUCAACUGCUCUUCACGAAGCUUGUAUUAUAGGCUUCACAGAAGGCGUAGAAUUAUUACUGCAACACCCAGACAUCGAUAUCAAUGCCGUGGAUAAUCAAGGCCAAACAGCAGUUCAUUGUGCGACCCAAGCAAAUCAAACAGAAUGCCUAAAAAUUUUAUUAUCAGCCGGUGCUCGUAUUGAUCUCAUUUCUCAAGGUCGCCUUGCCAUCCACACUGCCAUUUCAUACGGCUUUCAACAAUGUGUGUCCCUCUUAUUGUCAAAAAGCAAGCGCCAUGAUAACAACCCUACCCAAACAGAUAUGCUCUGGCACCCAAAUUCAUUGGAUAAUCGCAGUUCCAUCGAGUCUGCCAUUGUCACCGGAUUUACGAGUACACUGCAGUUGCUUUUAGAUCAAGAUUCCGUUACAAAGAACCCUCCACAUCAACGCACGCCUGGGCUUGUCUUAUUAUCCGUCGUAUGGAAUCGCAUUGAAUGCCUUCAACUAUUGAUUAAGCGCGGCUGUAUCAUUGACAAUGACAGCCUCUUGAACGCUGUACAACAACGCAAAAUUGAUAUGGUACGUGAACUAGCAGCAGCAGGGGCAAAUCCAUGCCUGUCUAAUGGCCAGAAUCCUUCCUUUUUGUAUGCUGCGAACCACGGCUUUUUGGAUAUGAUUCCUUUGGUGCUCACUCUUGAUACUUCCAAAGAUUGCAUUCAACAGGCUUUGUUGCUGGCUUCCUCCAUGGGUCUCCGGGAACCAACUACCAAGGCCGUUGUAUAUACAUUGAAAUCGCUAGCUGCCAAGAAACUUGCCACAUCAUCCACCUUAUAG